AUGUCCGUCGCCCUUUUGGCGGCCGUUUCGCUGAUCAGUGCCACCGUGAUGGCGCUAGUGCAGCUGCUGCAGCUCGAGGAGUACAAGCCCGGAGCGGAGGGUGGAACGAACGAAACCACGGACGUCUCCGACUGGACUCUGGUGGCUGCUGCGUCCCCAUGGCGACCCGUGCACUACGACCUGCUGCUGCGCCCUUCUAUCAAGAACAACACCUACGAGGGAUACGUGAACGCCGUCUUUGAAAUCCAGCACAACGCAAGACAGGCGAGUGGGAGCUCCAUAAACAGCUCCACCCUGUAUCCUUAUACAUCCAAGUGCAACAUCCGGUACAACCUCACUGUGCAGUUUCAAGGGCGUCUUCGCAAGGACUAUGGCCUGGUCCUGAAGCGAGUGGGUGAUCAGGUCAUUUUGUUCAUGUUUCCCCGAAAACUAGACGCGUUCGUGACCUUUCCGUGCUUCAAAGAUCCCGGAUGGAAGACGACUUUCGACGUGCGCCUGCUGGUCGACGAAAACUUGCAUGCGUCUUCCACGGCCAGUAUCGAGUAUACUACGAAGGAGUCCAACGGCAGCACUGUUUAUGUCUUCCACAGAACGGAACCCAUGUCGGCGUACCUCCUGUCUGCCAUCUUCACCAAUUUCAGCGUCGACAAGAGUGGCAGGAUGAACCUGUGGUCCCCCACUUCAUUCUCUCCCUACCGGCCUUUGGUGCUGAAGACCAUCGAGAAAGUGGUGAGCCUCCUCGAGGACCAGAUUGAAACAUGGAGGAGCAGUCUGCAGGUGAUCGACCUGGUGGUGGCACCCGACAUGCUGGAGAUGGACUGUUUCCGGUGCCGGCUUCGUCGGCCUCCGGCAGACACGCUGAAGGACGCGUGGAUUGCCGAGUCCCUGGCGUACAUGUUCAGACGCCGCGUACUUCAAGAGAUGGGCUUCGGUCACACCGAGGACCGCAUGCGGCUGCUGAGCUAUCGCGAUGCAAUGGACUGUGACGACAACGGCACGGACAGUGGAGCUCUGCGAACCACGCUGAUCUUCUCGAUGCUGGCCGACUUGUGCCCCAUGACGAUACGCUCGGGAAUCAGGCGCUACAUGAAGGAGAACAAAUACGGAGUGGCCGACGACGUGGUGCUGUGGCGCACACUGGAUCUUUCGGGGUUGCUCUCCCGCAACAUGGACUCGUGGUUCGAUCACGGAGGUUAUCCCGUGGUUAGUGUGCUCCGUGUGAACGACCACCGUGGACCCGGGCUUGUCUUAAAGCAGGGCUGGCCAUGCUUCGAGGACACGAACUGCAACUACACGCUCGUGUGGCCAGUGCCGUUCGUUCUGAACGUGCAGGGAGGAAUCCACGUUCCCGAAGAGGGUGCCUUCUGGUUCAGGGGAACCAUACAGCGAUACAAUUUGGCGCGAGAUAUCAGCUCUUCGUGGUUCCUUGUAAACGUGGCCACGGUGUCGUACUUCCGCGUCCAGUACGACGCAGACAACGUGGCCCUCCUGACACGUCAGCUGCUACAGAACCACACGGUCCUGAACGUGAACAGCAGGGCGAAAUUUCUGGAUGACAUGGUGGCGCUGACAGUGCGGCGUAUGGUGUCAAUCCAUGCCCUGGUGGGACUGCUAACGUAUCUCCAGAAAGAGGAGAGCUGUGCUGUGUGGCAGCUGUACACUAGGUCAGCUCGCAAGGCUCUGGAGGAGUUCUCGGGCCGAACGGAGUACAGGCAUUUCUACCAGAGGAACCAGGAGCUAUGCAUGCUCGUGCAACUGGAACCGACAAGCAGGCCGUGUCUUCUGGCGAUGCGCUGGAAAAUUUGCUGCUUCUUCGGCAUGUGCACGUUGCCUGCAUCUAUGGCGUGA